ACUCCGAACUCGAGAACACAGUCUCUGCUCGCUAGCGCAGGCUAGAGUGCAUCCUGUCCUGGAGAUGGAUGAUGAAUUUACAAAUAUGCACCGCGCCCUCUAUUCGCCGAGCCCUGGAGAGGCUGCUGGCAUCUCGGAACGUGUUCAAAGACUGGGUGCUGCUUCCUCCGAAAUGAGGAGGGUACUGGCAUGCAUCGAUCAACAAGUUGAUCUCGGACGAGCCUUGCUUGCGCCCUGGCGUCGACUUCCACCGGAGCUCUGGCAGAAGAUCUUUCGACUCAUUGUUCCCUGUGUCUGGGACGGCACACGCAUACAUCACUUGCCUGACCCCGCUGCGGAAGUCUGCCGCGCCUGGCGCGAUCUCAUAGACGACAUCCCGUCGUGGGCUGGCGCGCCGUUCGUGUUCGAGAUCAACGUGUAUGAUACUCCGCCCCCCGCUCCGGGGUUGGGAAAAGUGGUGAAGAAGGACUUAGCGGCAACUGGGGACCAGCCAUUGCACAUACGCAUCAUCGAUCAUAUGGACGACGACAUGCGUUCCCCGCUGUCUUACUUUUCGGAGGAGGAGGGGAGUCAAGUCUGGGCCUCUAUCUGCCAGUCCACUCAUCGCUGGGAAACCGUCGAGCUACGGAAUAUCCCAGACGAGUCACUGGACAUCCUCCAUAAUCGGCAAUUCCCAAUCCUUCACUCACUCACGCACAUGCAUUUGAGCGACAUUGACCCCGAAAGGCCUGUGAAUGAACUCGUUAGACGGGUUCAAGCUUUCGAAAAUGCUCGCAAUCUAACGACUGUGUCCCUCAAUGGCUCCUGGGCACCUCUCAACCUCAGACUGCCAUUGUCGUGGACCCGCAUCGCGUCCCUAUCCAUCGACUACUAUAAUGACUGGGACGACGAGUCGCAGUCAACGCUAUUUGCUGCGGUCUUAUCGUGCAGUCAAACUCUGCGCAGCUGCGCGAUCGACGGCUUCGCAUUUGCUUCGGAUUGGGUUGGGCACGAGCACCCUCUUCCUGACACCCAGCCAGCCAUGUUCCCUCUCCUCCAAGAGCUUACGCUCAAGGAGUGCGGUGUCUAUUUCAUGUCGCACAUCAGUGCUCCCGCUCUUCGAUUCAUCAGUAUAAACGAAAGGGACCUUGGCAUGCGCGCUCAGACGGAAUCCUGGUUCAGCAUCGACACGAUGAGCCUCUUCCGAGGACUGCUUGACGCGUCGCACGGGUGUCAAGCGCUGCUGGCCAUCAGGUUGAUCGACACCUGUAUCGACGGCAUAUCGCACAUCCUGGGCUGCCUUCCCCAGCUCACUUCGCUACACAUCGAGGAUCAUAACGUCAGGGUCAGCAUGGCGGAGAUCAUCGACCUUGUGCGAGCGCUAGAGCGCAGCAACGACAGGCCUGCAUCACUGUCGUUCCUGCCCGUUCUUGCACGCCUCUAUAUCUCGCUCGAUGAAAGGCUCGCCCUUGAUGACAGCUUCCUGGAGCUUGCCCAAACGUCGGUGCAGUCUAGGUGUCCUGCGAGCCCUUACACAUUGGACGGGAAAAGACUUGCCUGCCUUGAGACUGUGGACAUUAGGAGGGCCGGUUUGAUGGACAGUUACAGUUUGCUUUCUUGAUAUAUAACAACAGUGUACUUCCCUAUUCCUCUUUUGAUCUACCCCGAGUACGAUACUGUUUUUUCUUGGACAAAAUGGCCACCGCCACUACCACCGU